AUGUCUCUCCACAUCGCCAGCCUGCUCCCCUCCGCCGUCACCUGCCAGACCCUGAUCCUCGUCUUUCUCUUCAUCACCACCACUCUCUACACAAUCCGGCAAUGGCUUCUUCCCCGACCGCUUCCCGGCAUCCCCUACAAUGCCGAGGCUGCGCGCUCUCUUCUCGGCGACGUCAUGGCCAUCCAGCGCGAAUCCCCAGAGAACAUUAGCGAAUGGGUCGUGCGCCAGAGCGACCGCCACCGAAGCUCAGUCUACCAGGUGUUCCUCGUGCCCUUUGCGCGGCCCUUUGUUGUCGUCUCCGACUUCCGCGAGGCCCAGGACAUCCUCGUCCGGCGCGGCCACGAGUUUGACCGCUCCGACCUCGCCAUCGCCCUGCUGCGCGGCGAGAUGCCCAACUUCCACGCCUGCCUCAAGACGGGACCCGUCUGGGCUGCGCACCGUCGCCUUCUUCAAGACGUCAUGUCGCCGACCUUUCUCCACGGUGUCGCCGCUCCCAACAUGUAUGCCGGCGCCUGCCGUCUGCUGGAACUCUGGCGUAUAAAGUGCAGUAUCGCCGGCACAGGACGGCCCUUUGCGGCGAACCAUGACUUGAGUUACGCCACCCUCGACGCCAUCUACGAUUUCGGCUAUGGCGACGGCACCGAGGACCGCGCGCUGGCGGAGCAGGUAAAGCUAUACCGGAGCCUCCACGAGGAAGCGCGCAACAACUUGCGCAACGCCGCGGCCCCGGGAGAGCCCGUCGACUUUCCCCGCGCGCCGCUAACCCCGGCCAUGGACGCCCUAUUGCGCACCACGGAGAAUAUUCCAACCGUCGCUGCCACGGGCUUUCCCGACAUUGCCUGGCGCGUGUUGUCGUGGUUCCCGCGUGUGCGCCGGCUGCGCGCGAUCAAGGACCAGUUCAUCAAAGGGCAGGUCGACAAGAUUGUCCGGCAGUUCGACGACGACGACGACGACGACGACGACGCCGACAUGCCAGACGCUGGCUACUCCAAGCUCAAGUGCGCACUGGACCUUGUUCUUCAUCGCGAGCGAGCGCUGGCCCAAAAGCAAAACCGCGCGCCCGACUAUUGGUCCGACGCUAUCAAGGAUGAGAUGUUUGGCUUCAUCACUGGCGGCCACGAGACCACCUCCAACGUUCUCGCGUGGGGCGUCAAGUUCAUGGCCGACCACCCGGAGCACCAGGCCGCUCUCCGGACGCAACUUCGAGCCGCGCACCCCGCCGCUGUCGCCGAGGACCGGUUCCCCACGCACAACGAAAUCACCGACCACGACGUGCCGUUUCUCCUCGCCUUCAUCGAAGAGAUGCUGCGUCUGGCCCAUGCCACGGCCAUGACGGACCGGCAGGCCACUGCCGACACCGUGGUUCUCGGGCACGCCAUCCCGCGCGGCACCACCAUCGUGGUCGUCAAUAAGGGACCCGGAUACACAUCGCCGAAUCUGCCCAUUGCCGAGUCGCUGCGCAGCAGCACCUCGCAAAAGGCGCUGGUCGAGCAUGCGGACGCGGGCUACUACCGCAUACGCGACGAAGACGGCAUGAACGUUUUUGACCCCCGACGGUGGCUCGUGCAGCACCCCGUGACGGGCGCGGACGAAUUUGAUCCCGCGGCGUACCCGUCAAUUCCGUUUGGCCUCGGCCAGAGGGGCUGCUUUGGCCGUCGCAUGGUAUAUGUGCAGUUUAAGCAGCUGCUCACGCUGCUAGUGUGGCAGUUUGAGCUGCUGUCAUGCCCCGUGGCGUUAUCGGGGUACGACGCGGUGCAGGUACUCACCAAUAAGCCCCGGCAGUGCUACGUCGCGCUCAGGGAGUUGUAA